AACAUACAAAUUGCGGAGUUGAACGAAAAAGUGACGAUGGCUCUAGUACUACAGUAGUAUAGUAAAAUGGCGAAUAUAAACCUCACUGCGGACAACAUCCAAGUUCGAGCCAGUAGUAUUGAAGAAAAUCGCGCUAUUCUACAAGAAAUCCAGGCAAAGAAAGAGGUAGACACACGAAAACAGGACGAGCUUAGCACACUCUUUGAUGAGAUCAACGCUCAAUGUUGUGCCUCGGAAUCACUCAGGGAGAAUAGAAAGAUCAGCGCUCUCACUUUAUUCGAUAAAAUUGAGAAUAUAUUGCAACCAGUUUGUUACGGACCACUGCCUGGCUGUUUACCUGGAAAAUGGUGGGCAAUUCGAAUGGACUGCUCCAGAGACUAUGUACAUGAACCAGUUAAUGAAAACAUUCAUGAUGGUCCAUACGGGGCAGUGUCAAUUUGUACGCCCCACUUAAACCUUUACAAUGACAUUGACCUAGGAAAUGUUUUAACUUUUACAAGUAGAGAAUAUUGUGCAUCCAAUAAAUCAGUUGAUGAUUCUCUUGUACUCAGUUAUAAAAAUCAAAUACCAAUAAGAUUGGUUAGAAGUUAUUGUUGUUCAAGCAAGUAUGCUCCAAGAACUGGCUACAGGUAUGAUGGUUUAUAUACUGUUGUACAUCACUGGAUAGGAGUAUCUGCCGACACAAAAAAACACCACAAAUUCGUGCUUAUCAGAGUUCUUAACCAAGAGCCUCCUCCUUGGACUUCUAAGAAAAUUAAUUUUAAAACAGCAAGAUUGAGAAAAUCUUCAUCAAGACUCACAAGAAGCCACAGUAAUGUAGGUGAUCAAGAAUCUAAGGCAGUAAAAUUUGUUUACAAUAAAGUAGAAAAACAGUCAAAACCAUCUAGUGUUAUUACAAUAGUGUCAAGACAAGUUUUUGACAAAUGUACCUCUAAUUCUCUAGAUAGUUCAUUAAAAUUGACCAUCAAUCCAGACUCAUUGAACCAGAGUUUGUGUGCAAAUUCAUGCUCCACAAAGUUAUGCAGCACAAAUCUUUCUAUACGCACAAAUUUGUAUGACUCAUCGCAUCAAGCUCAAGAUGCGAAGAAAUCUGUAACAUCUACAUGUAAAAUAUUCAAACCUAAUCAAUUUGUACAGCAGUCACAAGCAUCUUUGAAAGAAUUGGAGCAGUUGUCAACUGGAAGCUCAUCAAAGCAUCAAGUUGAAAGUGAAAUUUCAACAAGUACUAGAUCUAUAAUUAGUGAACGAAAAGUCAAAAAAGUUACUUGGGCAGAUGCUUGCAAUGCUGGAUUAAUCAGAAUGGAAAAAACUAUUCCAAUGGCUGGAAACAGCUAUCAAUAUAGCAGUUCUAGUACUAUUGAUGGCUUCAGUUCUAAAUCUCGUAAAAAAGGCUGUAUUAUGAAAUACAAUAGUACUGCUGAUUAUUGUUCAACCUCAAAAAUGGCCAAGCAUAAAAAAACAAUAAGUACAAAAAGUUCUGAUCACAUCAGUCAAGGUCAUUCCAAAGUGUCACAAAAUUCAAAAGCUAAUUUUUCCACAGUACAUGAAUUACUGCAUGAGACUGAAAAAGCAAGUGAAUCAACUAGUAUAGAUUCACUUGCCCCAGAUGAACUCGUGAGUGUAAUAGUCAAGGAGAAGUAUCACCCAAUGGCCAAAUUAUUGAUAGGCAAUAUGAUUGGUUUAGAAAAUCAAGAAGCUGCAAUUGUAAAUGCAUACAAUGCUUUGACAAAAGUUAAUCAAGAUGAGUCUAAACAGUCCAAAACAAACAAGUUAAGAAAUAAAUUUUCCAUUAAAAGUCCUUCUAAGAAAAAUGGUAUUUUGAAAAAACAGAGACGUGAAAUUGCUAAUUUGACAAUAGAUGCUAAAUUUGAUACUCGAAGCUCGAGAAGUCGCGGACUUGGCACAAGUAAUAAAAGAAUUUUGAAGCCAGAAACAACGAGGAGAAAAUUAUUGAAUACUCGAAAGAUGCAGUUGCGAAAUAAAAAUAUUUCCAGUAGAGAAAAUAAUUCGAAAAUUCUUGAAAAAAGUAAAAAAGUUCAAAGCACGGUUGCAAAAGUUCAACAAAUGGUAACUGUUUGGACCCAGUGUUCCUUGCUUGCUGUACCAACAGUCGACCAAUGUCAACAAACCGAGGAUUCACUAACUUCCCCUCCCGACGUAAAAGUGGAAACAGUAGAGUUAGUAGACUUAGAUGACUUCAAAUCGGAGAUUCGGAACGUAAAUUCACUCCCUUGCUCUGACCCUACUACAAGUUACUCUAAAACCAAAGGUGUUUUCAGCAACUACCAUGGUUCUGCCUUUGCAGCUGUAUCAGCUGAGAGCAAUGACCGAAUAGCUCGACUUCGAUCCAUCGGCUUCAGGCCUAUAAGAUGCGUUUCUCAAACGAAAGAUGAGGAAUCCGGCGAUGAGUCUUUUAAACAGGAUGUCAAUCAAGAAUACAAUAAAUAUACUAGUGAAGAAAAUGACAUCGUUGGCUAUAUGGAUGAGCAGCUGCAUUUUGAAGAUAUUGAAGAAGAAGGAAAAGAAGAAAAGCCUAUCGAUGAAGAUAAGAUAAGUUUACAAGCAUCAUCAAACAUUUUACCGCAACCAAUCGAAACUUUAACAGAGCACGAUUUCAAUAAACCCUGGCAUGGAUGGAGAAAAAUCACUAUCAAUGGUCAAACUUAUUGGACUGGCUGUUGAUAUUUUUAUUUUUAAUUAAUUUUAAUUCAUCAUCAAUUUCAUGUCAAAAGCAACAUCAUGAAAAUUUAUGUCCUCAUAUGGUGACAGUCUGUUUUCUGAAUAAUUGUUGAGAAAAGGUCCAUUUAAUUGGGUCAAAUUUUUUGAUACUGAAGUGCAAAUUACAAUUUAUUUUGUUAGACACUCACGUUACUUGUUUUAUACUUUUUCAGCGUGUUAUUGAAUGCUGGUCAUUCCAAAGAACUUUAAAAGUUGCUCAUCACUUGCAGACAAUUAUUUUUUAAACAUUUCUUAAUGAUUGGAUAUCACUAUAGAAUAUUUCUGAUCUUGAGUCUAAUAUUGUCAUAGAUUUUAUCGUAUUUUAAAUUUGAAAACCGUUUCGAUCACUUACCAUGCAGUUAUUUUUAAAUAAAUUUGAAAACAAUCUGAUACAUUGAAUUAUAGAAUUGAAAUUUAUUGAUAGUUCAUGGAUGAUAUUAAUAUGUCUUCAUAUUCUUAAAACGAUUCAAAUUGAGUAGAUAACAAAUUAAUAGGAACUGUAGAGUCACCCUUGCUGCUAAUUUGCGAUUCAAUAACUAAUUUCAUUAUCCUAAUUUUAUCUUGUAUAUCAAUACCGCUAUAAUUAAUAUAUUCUCUAUAUGCAGCAUUGGGUGUUGAAUACCUAUGUUUCGAUCGUCCAAACACAAGAUCAUUAAUUUUUUUGUUUAACCUUGUCGAGAAUCGCUGAAAUGUAAGUGAAAAUUGAAUCCCAACUGCACUAUAUAUUUCUAUAUCUCUAUUAUUAAAAUGUUUUCUUAUUCAAUAAUAGAAUAUUCUAUGAUUGAAAUAUUUCCAUCAGAAGCUUUGUAUGGCAAUAAGAAUGAAACUUUGUAAAACAUGUAUAAAAUAUAUUAGGAUAAAGAUUGUAAUAGCAAAUAAUAUUUUAGUGAUAUCCAUUUGCAAAAAGUUUUUUUAGCAGUUGAUUUAGUUACUCUUGAUACUCUGUGCUGCAAAAAUUGAAAGCAAAAUGAAUCUAAAGUAUUAUUAGCGAUUUGUAAUAAUCGAAUUUACAUUCAACAAGUGUUCGUCUAUAUACUCUUCAUUCAUUUGAAAAUUUGAUUUGGAUCCUAAUCAUUUUCUAGAAAUAAUCGUGUAAUAUUAAUAUAAUAUAAAAUAUGAUAAUAAUGUAUAACAUGAUUAAUUGACAUUGUAAAAUAUUAGUACAUAUUGUUUCAAAGCCAUUGUUCUCGGAAUUACAGAAAUUAGUAUAUUAAUGUCAAGGAACGAAGCGCAAUGUCUUAAUAAUUGUUAUACGCAUGUACUGUUGGUUAAAUGUAUAUUUUGACGGAAAAACGAAUAAUUUAUGUACAUAUGGAUAAAAAGUGCCUGAUUGAUCGUAAAUGUAGAAGGGUCUAGAAUUGUAGUGACAUGUCACCAUCAGUCGAACUGAAUUGGUGGAUAAAUGUUGACAAAUGCUAGUUCUCAUUUAUCUUCUAAAGAUUUUUUAAAUUAACAUUAUUAUCGCUAGACUUAGUUCUUAAAAAUAUAAAAUAUUGUGUGUGAUAACUACAAUAGUUUAUAUAUUUAAUGAGAUUCAUUUAAGCUAUUAUUGAAAAUGAAGAAUUAUUUUUGUUUUAAAUAUUCUUUGAGUCGCCAGUGUACAUAGCGUACUAAAAUACGUACCAGAUAGGUUGCUUAAGUAAAAAGUAAUAACCAUUUAUGAAUUUUCGUACCUGGAAUGCGAUGACGCAUCAUUCGAGAAUUCUGUGCAGCCGUUUCUUAAGAAAUGUUAAACAAAAUGUAAUCUUAAAAAAAUAAUCAUGUAGUUUUGAAUUUGUUCAAGAAGAAAACACUGUGUAGAUAUUGAUUAGUUGUAAUUCAGAUCUAAAAAAAAUACAGAUUAUAUUUCAUUCGGGUAUAAAUUACUCCAUUGGUGAAACCGCAUAAAACUUUCUCCAAUUAUUACACAUAUUUAAGCGUACUAUGAAUAUAAAUGAUGUGAUUUUGAGUGAGGAUUCUCCAUACUUAACCGUAGGUUAAGCUUUGCUCCAAAGUUUAGCUUCAGACGAACAUCGCAAUGCCGAGAAAACAAUUGUAAAUUUCUAGAUCACUAAAUUUCUAUUACGUCUAUUAGUUCAUUAUUUUUCUUCGCGUUAUGGCGUUUUAACGUGGCUAGAAUAUUAUAAUAAAUUCUAUUUACUAGCUGUAUAACUGCGGAUCUGUAUGGAAGGAAGACUCUUAAGAUCUCAACUCACACCACUACAAUAUAAUACACAAAAAAAUUAAGAACAUUAGAUAUGGUUGGAGUUUGAAAAAGGUGUUACAACUAAAUGAUCUGGCACAUAGACUGCCUUGUAUAAAUUUUGAGCUGUUAUGUGCAGUGCAUUGGCAUUGCAAACAUAAGGUAUACCCGAAUAGAUUAAAUAACGAACAAGAAACUCCCUUAAAAUUAAUUUUCAUCCAUUUCGGUUGGAUUGGGCUUUUAGUUUAUUUUUAUUUUUUGACAUACUGUAUUCCGAACAUUAUUCGUAUGACAAUGUUUUCAAAUUUCAAUUUUUCUCCAUCAGUUAACAUUAGACUGUUCUAUUUUAUGCGUUCGCGCGCGUGUGUGUGUGUAAUUUAGUAUCAUAAGAAUACCAAUAGGAAAGCAGCUUACAUAUAAAAUAGUUUCCUUAUUGUCAACACUAACACUGAAAUAUGAAACAUCGAUUGAUUAAAAAUUCAAUUUGGCUACAAUUAUUAAUCGCCGCUCAAAAUUUGUUAUGUAGUCUCUGUAGAUUUAAUGCAUAUAUUAUGAUGAAACUAAUACAAA